AUGGAUAAUAUUUGUAGAAAAAAGAAUAAGCCAGUUGCUUGCCUUGAGGAUCAAAAAGUCCAUCAUGAUAAAAUCAAUAGUAAUAGUGAUCACAGUAACAAUACUACAAAUAAUCAUUUCACACCUAUCACUCCAGUCACAUCAGCAUCAAAAAUGAAAACUUCUAGAACAAGUACACCAAAUAAUACUGGAAGACAGUCAGCGAAUUCAUCAUCCACAUCCACAUCAUCAUCAACACAUUCAUCAACUUCACCGUCGACAAAUAAAUCCACAGUCAAAAUGACAAUAAAGACAGUGAAAGUUAGUCAAACUGUUGAUAGUAAGAGUCAACCACCGGAAUCAGCUGACAGGAUGGACAGUAAUGGUAGUGGUAGUGGUAGUGGCAGUCAGUUGAAUAAUAAUCAUCAUAGUUUCUCAUCAACUGAUUCUGGUCGUAGUAGUAUAAGCAGUAGUCAAACAAGUAACGGUGAAGAAGUCAAUGAGAAUAAUUUCAAGGAUAAAUCCAAGGUCACUGCUGAAUUCACAACAUCUGACGUUGAUGACGAGAGUAGUCAUAAGAAAAAGAAGAAGAAUAUUAGUGGAAGUAGUAGUAAUAGUAAUAGUAAUAAUAAUAACACCGCUCGUCCUCGUGGUGGUACUGGUGGUGAUGUUGAUGAUGAUGAGGAGGAGGAUGUUGAUGAUGGUCAGGAUUCACCGGCUACAUCAGCUGAAUUGGAUAUCUAUUCUGAUGUCACACUAAUACCGAAAUCAACUAUAAAUAUUGAUUUCAGUACAAAAGUAAGCAAAAAGUCAACAAAACGUGUCAAUGGAGGACGUAAACCAAUGAAAGGGAUUACUGCUAAGGCAACACGACCUAAUAUAACCAAUGGGACAAGACCAACUGAUGUGAAACUUCAUAAUAAUUUAUCAACUGGUUGUGAAACAGGCACAUCAUCUUCAUCUAAUUCAUAUUCUCUGGCUGCAUCAAAAGCGAACAGUCAGCACGCCUCUGACGAAUCCCAUCUGCCGAAGUCUAACUCAAAGUCUACAGAGAGUAAUUUAACUUCUUUUCAAGAACAGUCUAUCUCUACUGAUAGUAUGAAGACUAGAUCAAGUCCUAUACUUUCUACAGAAGAUAGUCAACAGUCGACGACACCAGAUUCUUCAUUUAUCCCAUCCCCAAAUUUAUCAUCAUCAUUGUCAGCCUCACCCAGAUCUGUUAGUCGAAGCAAAUGCAAUGCAUCGGAUGUAACAGCUAAAGACGACUCCACUCUGUCAUCAGAAAUUCAAAUAAGGAAUCCGCUGAAAGCAAAUCAUAAAAGAACAGAACUUUUUACUAAACUAUCAAAUAAUAAAUCUGAUCAGCAUGAAAAUAAUCCCUGCGAUCUUCACAGUCACUCAACAGAUGACAUUGAAUCUCCUGCCUCUAAUGAUUUAUCAAUCAAUGUCACUUCACCUAACGAUAUGCAUGAAUUGACUAGAGAAAUAAAAAGUGAAAUCUCCUCCCCACUUGGUUAUAAAGAACCAACAGAAAUGAUAAAAUCGAAUUCCACUUCUGAUCUCUUUGAAUGUUCCACACCGAUUACAUCAGUCAUUGUUACAACUUCCAUAUUAGUCGCUAAUACAAAUGAACCUCUGAAAGGGAAUGCUUCAUCAAAUUCAACUGGCACAUAUUCUCGAUCGAAGGUUAACUAUACCUCAAGAGACACAGAACACUCGAAUUCCCCGCAUAAUUUCUCGACAAAUCGAAGAAAAUCUCGGUAUGCUUCGUACAACAACAACAAUAAUAAUAAUAACAGCUACACCAGUAAUCAUACUCAUGGUACAAUGGAUUUCUCUUCUCUCAAUCUGAAAUCAUUGUUAAAUAAUAAAUAUAUGAAAAACUUAUUAAUGCAGCCUUUCUUUAUGCCAGACUGUAUGAAUGCAUCUGGCUAUACAACUGUGAACAACUAUGAAUUGGCUCAUUUACGGAAGUCGAUUUUCAACAAAGCCGCUGCUGCAGCGGCUGCAGCUUCCCUUCUGCCUGAUCCAUCACUGUUUAUCAACUCACCUUGUUAUUACUGGUUACCAUCAACUGGAUUUAAUAAUACUACUCCAAAUACUCCGAAUAACAAUAGUAAUAAUAAUAAUAAUAGUAACACAAAUACAACAUAUUCAACAGACUGUAUAAAAUUGUACAACGAUAAAAUUUCUAAUACUAAUGGAAACACUAAUCCAGUUUAUAUUAAUGGAAGCAAUCGAUUUAUGCUGCCGCAGUUCAACGGUCAAGUCAAUAAUCAUGGUAUAGGUGAAUUGAAGCCGUGUGAAAUUCUCAAUGAAAAUAUGAUGUCCACUUCAGCUUCAAAAGCAUCUGUUUCAACUGAUGAAGUGAAUCAUUCAAAACGUGAGCCUACUCAACCGCUUGCUACCAAUGGUAAUAAUUUAAACAAAUCCUUAACCAAUUCAAUAUCUCAAUCAAUGACAAAGCUGAACUCAUUAACACCUGACGACGCAGUGAAUUGUGCCAGCGGGAAUUUUGAUAAUCGUCCAGCUUCUGCAAAAGACUUAAGCAUCAAUGAUACAACAACGAAGCCUAAUACAUCUGUCUAUAAAGGCAUCAACAGUAAAGUGAAUAAAACUGACAAUCUAACAAGCUCAGAAAAUAAUUUCGAUAAAAUAGGCAGUAUUAAGUAUGCACCAGCCGAGUUGAGCCCAGAUCUUAUGGUUGUGAAUAUGACGAAUUCAUUAGGUCAACCGAUUUCAGUAAUUACUAAUUCAAUCCAGAUCGAUACAUCACAGAUACAAACCGAAGAGAUGAUGAAUGGCGGAUCAACGUCAGUUGCUGCAGCAGCAGCUGCAGUGGCAUCAGUAUCAUUGUCAUCCUCUGUCGGGACAGUAACAUCAACCACGAGUGGAACAGGAGUGACACCGAAUUACAUUCCAAAUCCUGAUUCAUAUUUAACAACUCCUACAACAUUCUUUUAUUUCUAUAAUAAUGAAGGGCAGCUAUUUGCUGUUCCAAGUAAUACAGUGAUUUUUCCUACUGCUGUCGGUCGUCUUAACGGAACAGCUGUGUCAAAUGAUGUAACGUACAGCAGUACACCGACAUUCAUCGCUUCACAGGUCAACGGAGGCAACAGUAAUAACAAUAAUAAUAGUAGUAACAAUAAUAACAGUAAUAAUGGUAGUAAUACUAAUGGUAACAAUCCUAUGACACUACGAACUAACGGUUGUAUCUCGAAUUAUGAUAUUCCAUAUCAAUUAUAUUCAAGCACAGAUUACAGUGCUAUGCUGAAACAGGCAGAUAACAGCCAGUGUCGUGAGCUGAUAUCAGGAUACUCAGUGCCUAUACAACCAUCAUUUCUUAACGGUUUUCAUCAAUGGAUACCAAAUCAAAUUACUGUAGACAAUCAAAAUGGUAGUCAACAGUUGCAGAAUGCAUCAGCUAAUCCUUUAGUACUCCCGUCUAAUCAAGGCGUUAUCUUGCAUCCUUCUUGCCCAUUUCCUUUGCCUUCAAUGGGAUUAAUUCAACCAUUGAUAUCAAAUGUUUUCCCGAAUCAAAGUUUUAAUACUGCCUCAAAUGUUGAAGAGAAUGGUGUUAAUAAUCAUAAUGGUAAUAAUAAUAGUAGUAAUAAUAAUGUUAAUAACAACCACAAUUCGACAAAACAAAAGAACAGUCAACAAGGUGUCUCUUCAUUACUGAAUCGUUCUAAUGACCAGUUUAAACUACGUCGUUUUACAAAUGACUUACCCAGUCUGCUAGGUAAUGCUAAAUCAACGCGUUCAGGGACAGGCGCUGGAAAACUGUCGAAUUCAGGGAAUAAUCAUUCAAAGUAUGCAGGUAAAAGUUUAGUAUCCAGUUUCUUGGAUGAAUACAAUAAUGCGAUGAAUAAUCAGAGUGCUGCAAAUCGUCAGAAAAAGCAUGCAUCGAAAACAAACUUAUACAUUCGUGGACUGCCGACUACAUUCACAGAAGAAGAAUUACACACACUGGCACCAGAUCGUAACCUGAUACGAUCGGUUAAAUUGAUCACUGGAGCUGAAGGAGAAAUGUAUGGAUUCAUAGACUUUGUGAAUAAUGAAGCCGCUAAAUCUGCUCUGUUGCAUAUAAAAUCCGGAAAUCGUGAACUAUAUGUGAAUUUCGCUUAUGAAUCUGAAAAAGAUCCACAAAAUGUUUAUAUAACAAAUAUACCUGAAUCAUGGACAGCAUCGAAUGUUGAAGAUUUGAAAGAGAUAUUCCAGCCUUAUGGACAAAUUGCUACUGCUAUUGUGAUGACUAAACGAUCGAACAAUUUUUGUACAGGUGCUGGUUUCGUUCGUUUCGUUCGACCAGAGGAUGCUCAAAAAGCAAUCGAUGGAAUACGUAGUGCACAAAUCACACUAGAAAAUGGUAAAGGACCAUUAGAAGUUAAACUGGCUGACAGACAAAAGCCAUCAGAGGAUCAGUCGAAUAGUACAAAAUCAAGACCAGUGAAACGUAGCAGUGAACCGCCUGAAUCAACAACACCAGGUGGACUAAUCAACGGGAGCGAAGACAAUUCACGACAUUCCCGUACACGUAAACAAUCCGAUUGUCUACUGCCAAAUGAAAAUCAGCUAGGCAAUCAUGGUAACAGUCGACUAAGAUCAACACCUGGUGUAUUAGGCCCAGCUGCAGACUUCACUUCAUGGGAUGUUACAAAUCGAUUGAACAACUCCGAUUCAUUUAUGCUUGCAUUACGUGCUGCUUGGGCAUCGAAUACUCUACAGAAUCCAAAUUUCCUACUACGUAAUUCUAUAGGACAAAAUAAUCUGCCUUCAAGUAAUGAAAGCAAUCGUGGCCUAUUGCCAAUUCCAAAUCCAACAGGACAUCUGACAAGUUUAGUAUCUCAACAGAAAGUACCACCGCCUAAUGGUCUACUGCAUAGCCAGACGCCUGUUCAACAUGGAUUAGUAACUGGACCGACAGCUGCCGCGGCUGCUGCUGCUGCAGCAGCUGUUACCGCCUUACUUCCCUUCUCCAGGCCGAUUGACAGUUAUUCACUGUCACAAGCUCUUAUGCAUACACCUGUCACGCCUACAAUGAUUGGUCCAAUGAUACAACCUGCUGGCAAUUGGACUGCAAGCCCAUUAAUAUCAAACAUUUACCAGUCAAUAUAA